AUGCAAAACGAUUGGAUUAAGUGCAUCAGACAGGAAAUAAAUGAUUUCAAAUGGCUUCCAUCAAAAAAUGCAAGAAUAUGCAGUGACCAUUUCUGUAAUAAAGAUUAUAAGGGUUAUGAUGGAGAAAGGAAGGUAAUACUGAAGAAAGCAUUCCCAUGUUUUCAAGACAUUAAGAAAGUAAUCUUGUCAUACCUGUUCAAUAAUUUUAAUAAGAUUGUUUUAAAUAACUAUUCUCAAUGUCAUUUUAUUAACACUACAUUAAAAGGUGGCUACAAAACAUUGAUGCAAUAUUCCGAAAUUAGUAAAUAUACGAUCGUAACUUUUGACUUGGGCGGUAAAAAAUCACCCUCCAAUUUUCCUCCGGAACAAUAUUCCGAAAUUAGUAAAUAUACGGUCGUAACUUUUGACUUGGGCGAUAAAAAAUCACCCUUCAAUUUUCCUCCGGAAAUUAAGAAGACGUGUUUGUGUUCAAUCUCCUGCUAUUGCGUCAGGGCUGUUUCAAAAAAACAGAAUGGACAUUCUUUAAAUGAAACAGGAGAGCAACUUGCUGUGAGAGCACUGAAGAGAGGAAGUCUUUAUGCAGUUCUUGGCUUCACAGUAGUCUGCUCUUUGACAUCUUAUUGUAUAGGAAUUAAAUCUUUUCAAGAUAUCAAGGAAAAAGCUGCUAAACUGAACCUUAAAAAAAAGGUAGAUGACAAAAAAACUGAAAAAUUGCAAACAUUACAGGAUCUUGUUGAUUACAUUGUUAAAUCCAAAUAA